GUGCGUUUGCCAUCCAAGUGAGAAGCUCCUCGACUCGGUGCCUCCUAAAAAAAGCAUAUAAAUAUAAUAAUAACCGCCCCUUACCCCUCCCUCCUCCUCGUUUUGAUUCAGUCUGUGUAGCCUACACGCAGAAGGAGAACGUCCGCGGCACAGCAAAGCCAACACAGUCUUGUCUACAGUGUGUGAAAGAGAGGGAGAGAGAGAGGUGGGGGGGAAACAGCUGCAAGCGGAUACUCAACAUCAACAAGCUGUAUGAGGCAUCUGUGAGGAAGGAGAAGGCAUUUGACGAGGGAAGGGGUUCCUGGCGGGUUUCCCUCUUUUUGUGAUUUCAAGAACAGAGGCGUGGAGCUCAGAAGAAUAUCCUACAAGUGGUGAAGCGAUGGUUUAGCGGGGCAAUUUGAUAGGUUCUCUGUGUUUUUUCUACAGCACACUCGCCCGACGACACUGUUAAUUCCGAGCAGCAAUCCCCCAAACAUCUGUGGUCGCUCUCUUGAGGGAGAUGGCUGUUUUCCGGCUGUCGCUGCUGCUGCAAGUUGGAUUCGUGAUCGGAUCAAACCAUAAAUACGCGGAAUGGUCAGGGCACGGGGAGGAUAACGGGGCACGGGAGGCGAUUCACGGCGCUCAGACGCACCGCUGGCAGCUGGCGCAUCUCCGUGCGCCUCAUCACGCUGCCGGGGAGACGGCGGAGCUGCCGCAGAAGACAGACGAGCUUCUACCCAGGGUCGUCACGGCUUUUUUACACACCGGGGACUCGACCACCUUAAAGCAUGCCAACUGCUCGCGAAAGUACGAGCUCACCUCUCUGCGGGGAAGGUCACACGCUACCCCGCAUUACUCCAUGAGCAGCGUGCUGGAUACGGUGCUGCACGCCACAAACUUCCUCAACAUGAUCCUGCAAGCCAACAGGUCCAGGGAGCACAACCUCCGGCGAGACAUUGAGUGGUACCACGCGUUAGUCAGGAGUAUACUGGAGGGAGACGCCAAGAUUCACCGGGCGGUUGUUACUUUUAGCGGGGAUUCAUCCUUCCCGGGGCCCUCGGUGCUUCUUCAAGCCACCAGGGCCGGCGGUGAAAUAGUACUCCAAGACCUCUCCAGCAUGGCCCACCGACAUCUGCACAACCGCACGGCAGAGACAGAGUGGUACCACGAAAUAAAAGACAGGAAGAACCCCAAUUUCCAUAAAAGAGCGCUGAGCCAAGAUUUCAGAUCGGUGGACAAUUCAGUGAAAAGAGGAGAGAGUUUUAUUCCGGACAAGACGCACGUCAGAUGGUCUGCGCCCUACUUGGAGUGUGAGAAUGGGAAUUUUGUUCCCCGUUGGCUUUUGACCUUAUCUGCUGCCUUCUAUGGCCUGAAAUCCAACCUGGCUCCUGAAUUCAGGGGAGUGGUUCGAGUGGACAUUAAUCUACAGGAUGUUGAUAUCGACCAGUGCUCCACUGAUGGCUGGUUUGCUGGAACCCAUCGAUGCAACCUGACCACUAUGGAGUGUUUGCCGAUCCGUGGUCACGGAUUUGUCUUGGACAAGUACAAGUGCCACUGCAGGAAAGGUUUCUAUCAUCCCAACAGAGUAGCUGUCAAUGGUUUUACAAGAAUGGGGAGGAAGGGAAAACCUGCAGAUAGCAGUCCCAACACAGAGGAGGGAUCUUCCAGUGACUGCCUGCCUUGCCAGCAGGGUUGUGCCUACUGUAAAGAUGACACCCCCUGUGUGGUACAAGAGGAUGGCGCUCUUCGCAUGGCUGUGGUCUCUUUCCAGUGCCUCUGCAUGCUGAUCGUCUUCAUUAGCAUGGUCCUUAUAUACCACUUUCGUAGGAAUAAGAGUAUCAGAGCAUCAGGUCUUGUCCUGCUGGAGGCCAUCCUGUGCGGGGCUCUGCUUCUCUACUUUCCAGUUGGGAUUCUCUACUUCCAGCCCAGUGUUUUCCGUUGCAUCCUUCUGCGUUGGGUUCGACUGCUGGGUUUCGCUACCGUCUACGGGAUGCUGACUCUUAAGUUGUACAGGGUGCUGAAGGUGUUCCUGUCCCGUACAGCCCAGAGGAUCCCCUAUAUGACCAGCUGGCGAGUGCUACGUCUGCUGGGCAUCAUUCUGCUCAUCGUCUGCUGGUUCCUGGUGGCUUGGACAUCUGCUGUCUGUCAGAACCCGGACAGGAAGUUGGCUCUCAUCGAGGUGGGCUACACGCCCAAUGGGCUGCAGUUCAGCAUGUGCCUCCUGGAUCGCUGGGACUAUAUGAUGGCUGUUGCCGAGUUCCUCUUCCUGCUGUGGGCGGUCUAUCUGUGUUACGCCGUGAGGACUGUGCCGUCGGCCUUCCACGAGCCUCGCUACAUGGCCAUCGCUGUUCAUAAUGAGCUUGUGCUGUCAGCUAUAUUCUACAUCAUCAGGUUCACUCUCGCUCCUGAGCUGCAUCCAGACUGGAUGCUGCUCCUGUUCUUCACCCACACUCACCUAACUGUCACUGUCACCCUGGGUCUUCUACUCAUUCCUAAGUUCCUGUUUGCUGGCACCCACAUGAGAGAUGAUAUCGCGUCUGAGGCCUAUGAGGACGAGUUGGACAUGGGUCGCUCUGGCUCGUACCUCAACAGCAGCAUAACGUCAGCAUGGAGCGAGCACAGCCUGGACCCUGAGGACAUCAGGACACCAGACGAAAUGGGCCAUCUCAAUUCUAUUAAUGGCUGUGGCAUAAGGUCUUGCGACAGCCUUUGGGAAAAACGUGCCAACGAAGAGCUAAAGAAACUGUACUCCCAGUUGGAGAUUUACAAAAGGAAGAAGAUGCUAGCAAACAACCCUCAUCUCCAGAAAAAGCGAAGCUCUAAGAAAGGGUUAGGUCGCUCGCUGAUGAGGCGCAUCACAGAGAUUCCCGAGUCUGUGCAUCGCCAGUGCAGCCGUGAAGAGAAGGAGGCGGGAGAGCAUGGCAGCAAUCGUAACAGCAUCUCCAUGCUGAAGAAAACCCCCUUGGAUACGACUCACCCAGCAAAACCAGCGAAGGAAGAGACACUGAAGAACAAGGUGUUCUCCCUGAAGAAGUCACACAGUAGCUAUGAUCACGUCCGGGACCAGAAUGAGGACUCCAGCAGCACUGUAAAUGAUAAGAUUGAUGAGAACACAGCUGAAGGGUCCCUCCUGGAUACACUUAUGGGCAAGAAGCUGGUCAAGAAGACAUCCAGUGAGAACAUAAACGCCCCCAGUGAAUCUACAGAAUCAGUUCCCUUGGUAUGCAAGUCAGCAAGCGCCCAUAAUCUCUCUGCAGACAAGAAACCAAUUCAUCCUAGAGCCUCCAUGCUGCAGAAGUCCCUCAGUGUCAUUGCUAGUGCCAAAGAGAAGACUUUGGGCUUGACUGGAAAGACCCAGGGUACAGAGGAAAGCAAUAAGAAGAGUCAGCCAAAGAGCAAAGACACAAAGGCAAAUGUAGAGCCAGAAAAUGAAUGCCAACCCAAGAUGAUUAUCAGCCAGUCAGUCGAGUACAAACAAAGCACCACAAAAGGCAUAAUCAUGAAACAGCCAGUUAGUGGCAGCCAACCGACAAUCUGCUCCGACCCCAUUAAGGGAAAAGACCUCUAUGAUCUCUCAGAAGUAUGCCCCUGGGAGGUGGAAGAUCUCCCAACUCCAUCUGAAAAUAAGGUUCAAAAGCAUGUAUCUAUUGCACCAAAGGAAACCACAACUGUUCAUGGAGGUAGCACGAAAGGAGCCAAGUCUCAGAAGCAGAAAGGUUCUGAUCAUUCUCCAUCCAGUGGCAGGCACCCAAAGGAGAUUCAGAGGUCAUCGGCUAUUCGAGCAGAGGUGUGCCCAUGGGAAGACAGAGGUGAGAUUCAAGCCAGUCAAGCGGAACCAUCGAAGCAAUCGAUGUCUCAGUCUAAAGCCCAGCAGCCUCCCUCUUCAGUUGAAAGCUCCAGAACACAUCGGGCAGAUGUUUGUCCCUGGGACUUCGAAGAGCUGAAAAAACCAACAGAGUCAGCUCACUCACCAGACGUGACAAAGCAGAAAAAGGGAACCUCUCCAAUGGAUGUGAGAGAUCCACCUAAAGGAUCACUCCAGCCACUAAUAUCAAAAGUCGACGUCUGUCCAUGGGAAUUCGACAACAGUGCAGCUGCUCCAAAUUCAGAGAGGAUACCCAGCCCCUCACAAGCACCCAAAACCAAGGAGUCCCCUUCUAAAAAGAAAGGGCCCCCUUUCACAAGAACAGUUGACCAAGAAAAAUCAAAAGACACUGAUGAUGAGAAAAGCAGAACAAAGGUGAAGGACAAGAGUAAAUCUUCAGAGAAACAUGUCGGCCAGCAAAAAAUGGCCGAGGUCUGCCCGUGGGAUGUAGAGAGUCACCAGGAAAUGCUGCUGGUAGAAAAAAGGAAAAGCGCUAAUGUUGGAGCAGCCAAAGAAAAGCAGGCGGAAGUCUGUCCGUGGGAUUUUGAGGAAAAAACGGAUACAGACAAAAGUUCUUCUGCAGUGAAACAGAGCAAACCAACUCCUAAAGGGGGGCCUGUAGGUGCUGCUAAAAAGGCAGAUGUUUGUCCCUGGGACUUUGAGGAUAGUACGUCGAGCAAGAAAGCAUGAC